AUCCCUCUAUUCUAAAGACACACCUCACGUACACGCCAUGAGUUCUCUGGUUGCUCCCGGCAUGUUUCCGCUAGAGGGUUCAGGCGCCGCCCUCAAAGACAUUAUCUAUGCCCUAUAUGGGCACCUAGAAGCAAUGCUAUUCACAAAUUGGCACUUCCCCACGUCUAAAACGCGCGAGUACUCGCUCCAACGUCGCGACAUAACUGCUUGGUACGGAAUCUACACCACGAUCUUGACAUUUGCGUUUGUGGCGUUGCUACCGCUUUUCAGAUCCCUCACGGACCGAUUUCUCUUCAAGGUCUUUGAUAAGAAGAGUAAGGGGGUCAUAGGGUGGUUUAACCGAUUUAACCACCCCAAACGCAUGUUGAGGCACUUCCUCUACCACUACAACACCAUCAAGAUUUUGGCGUUCUGGCUGAUCGCCUUGACGGCGUUGAGCUUGCUAGAAACCCACUACGAUCUCUCGUACUUGGGCAAGCGGCUUGGGCGGGUUUCGACUGUCUGUCUCACUACUGUUUUGUUUCUCACGCUUCGCCCUUCGCCACUUCCGGACGUGCUCUACUUGUCUCUCAUUCCCUUGCACAAGUGGUUGUCACGGAUCGUGGUUCUUCAGGGCUUACUACACACCAUCAUAUAUUUAUUCUAUUUCCAACACAAAAAUACCUGGGCCAAGCUCUACAAAGCAGAGAACUUGUACGGGGUAGUGGCGCUCAUGGGAUUCGUCGUCAUCCUAGUCACAUCCUUAUCGCCCAUGAGACGCUGGUCCUACCGAAUAUUCUAUAUCAAUCACUACCUCUGGACCUGGGUCAUUGUCAUUUGCUUGCAUUUCCACGCCCGCCCCGGAAUAGGGCCCUAUACCAUCCUCAAUGGCUCUAUCCUCUUGUUCCAGAUCUACUACCGCAUAGCCCACACCGUCAAGACAAACAUAGAGGUAAUAGAUAUCUCCCCCAACUUGGUGUUGGUGACCAUGCCAAAUACUGCACUAUCGCAGAUCGCCUCGAGUCCAGGCUCGCAUGUCAGACUCGCCGAAUACAAGCCCAACUGGUUCCGCAGAUUAGUGCUUCAAACCGUGCCAUUAUACCACCCGUACACCGUUGCGUCUUUACCAAACGAUCCGAAACAGAAGUUAAUCAUCCGGAAGACAAAUUUUUGCUUAUCAGAGAGCAAAACGUACUUGGUGAACGGCUCGUUCUCUCCCAUGUUGGUCUUUAUCAAGCCAAAACUCGUAGUUCCAACGUUACCGUUAUACCACUCGCGGGCGUCUAACGAAGACAGCUGUCUUUCGGGGUUGAUGAAACUCCCGUUCAUCCACCUGAUCGCGUCUACGUCCCAGUCGACUCCGUUCAACAUGAACAUGAAGAUAUCCGCGAAGCGAGUUCUUAUCGUCAUCGGUGGGUCAGCCAUCUCUUUUGCGCUUCCAUUGGUUAGGGUCUUAACCUACAACGGGAUCGACUGCCGGUUGGUUUGGGUGGUUAGGGACCUCAAUGACGCGAAAAUCUUGAAGUUCUUUCCGGUAUUGGGAGACUGUAUCGAAGUGUACGUUACGGGAGACUACAAGUCACACAUUUCGGCCAUGGCUUCGGUGCGACUCCAGGGCGGCGACGAGUUUACCGAGUCUCACCUCCUUCUUGAGAGUGGGGUGGGCACCUAUGGAGCGUUAGAUAUCAACAAGACCCCAAUGUUCCGUGAAGUCGAGGGCGUAGACCUGGGCGUCGAAAGCGACGGCGAAGCUUUCAGGGCCUCAUACGACAUGGAAAACAGGGACGAGUGUGAUGUAUCUACGCAGUUGAGUGAGCUUAGUUGUAUUACUGUCGAUAGAGAAGCCGAGGACGAAGACGUGGAGGUGGACUUUGACGAGGAUGAGACCUGUGGAUUCGAUGCCAUGCGAGAUGUGGAGGGGAUCGAAGAUGGUGACAACUACGGGGAAAUCGAUUUCACCGCGUUGUACAGUAACGGUACCACCGCCGACAAGACCUCCUUCAAUGCCAGAUCCAAGUCGAUGGGGAACAUCGGUGCAUUUGGAAAGACCGUACCGGUUGUUGCCCAGAAGAAGAGCGAAGAUGUGGCGAAAUUUCAACCGAAGAAAGCAACCUCGGAGUCCACCGUAAAUAUCGAAUCAUGGGUGGCAGCUGAAAGCACGGUAAAGCACCAGCUGAAUAAGGAACACACCGUGAAGCUUGAGCCGAGGAAGGCUGCUCAAAACACUAUGAAGCACCAGCCUUCGAAAGAGGUCCCGGCCUCGAACCCCAGCUUGAAACCCACCCCCCACAAGCCUGAAACGGAGAUUAAUGCACUGGAUAAUAACGUACCAGCCAUCAACAAGACGUCUACCGUAUCCUUUGCGGGUAUCAGAGACAUUUCCGCGAAGUACACCGAACCAGAUAGUCGGACCACGCUGGCUCUUUUGCGCAAGCCGUCUUCUGCAACCGUCUUGCUUUCUCAGCCAAUCGAGUUCACUUCGUUGCCUUCCUCUAUUAAGACAUACAUCCCGUACGGUACAAAAAUCUUGAGGGGCAGACCCAAGUUGGGUGGAUACCAGUACGACUGGUGUGUCAACAACUCGUGCUCCGGUCCUGUUUACAACGAUGACGGUGAUGCUGUUUGCUGCAAAGACGCCAAGAAGCACGCGCUGGAGAAUCACAUAGAUACAGGACCCAGCAGUUUCCCUGGGGUUGAUGAGGACGAAGAGGAGAAAAAGGAGAACGUUUGGGUGGUCGGUGCCGGCCCCGCAUCCCUCGUGAAGAAUGUUCAUUUGUGGGCUCAGAAUAACGGGUUCCACUUUCACGAGGAGAGCUUUAGUAUUUAGGUUCUAUAAUAUUUAUGAAACCUUACUGAUAUAUGAAUGGUGGGGCACAGUACUAAGUAUUAGAGAAGCGUAGAAGCAGCCCAAAUUGUGUGCGACAUCGGAGAUGAAGGUUUACGACAUUGAGAAUGUGAUUUUGAUGCGGCUGAGGAAGGGGGUACUCGUGAG